CAUGGUGGGAGGCCAGAGGGGGUGCUGGUGCCGAGGGUCGGUUACAUCUUGUCGGGCGAGGCCAGCUUCCGGCCUCCUCGGGGCUCCCGGCCUGCCCGGCGCCCCCUCCCACCUGCCCCCCUCUCCCCUCCCCUAGACUUAGGCCUCUCCCAUCCCUCAUCUUCUUCCCCUCCCCGAGGCCUCCCCCCCAUUUCCUCUCCUGGCUGGGGCAGAAGCAGAGUCUGGUGGUGGGAUUUGGGGAGUCCAUGAGGAACCCCCCCUUUGCUCUUCCCCCCCAAGACCCAAGGGAUGCUGAGGGGGCAGGGUGGGGGCGAGCAACCCCCCAAAGGGGACGGUGCAGCUGGAGAGAGAUGGGGUUGGCCCCGGCCGAGGCCAUGACUAGUUUGGAGAGUGAGGGAGCGGCAGGGGACAACAUCCAGCCAGCCCCCCCGAGCCCAGUUUCCUUGGGGGGCUUGGCCCCCACAACCGACCCCCUGGUGCCCCCAGACGAGGCCGCUGCAGGAAGAGACCCCGGGGGCAUCCCAGCAGGAGGGGACUGGACUAGCAGCAACCCCCCUGCCCCGGACGGAUCCGACCCCCCCACACUGACAGAGGCCGACCCCCUGGACCCCUGCGACCAGGAGCGUCUCUUCGACCUGCUCUUCCGCUCCCAGAGCCGGCGGCUGAACGAGCAGCGCUGCCCCCUGCCUGGCCUGCGGGGGGCGCCCCGCCACGACCCCGCCCGGCCCUGGCGCUCGCUGCCCGGGACCCCCACCGAGGGCCUGCUGGGGGGAGCAGGGAAGUUCUGCUCACUCACCUCGCUGCAGGCUGAGCAGUUCUUUGAGCUGGUGGCCAUGGCCCAGGCCCGGCGGCUGGACGACCAGCGGGCUGACUUCACGGGAGACCCCAGGACCGAGGAGGGGGCUGAGUGGCCCCCAGAGCCCCCCGACCACGGGGAGGAGCUGUACAGCACCAUCCUCACCCACCAGAGCCAGCGGCUGGAGGAGCAGCGCAGCGACCCCCCCAUCCCGCUGGGGGCCCAGGAGCUCUUCGACCUGCUGCUGCGGGUGCAGGGGGGACGCAUGGAGGAGCAGCGCUCAGAGCCCCCCCCUGCCCUGCUGCCCCACCCCUGCUGAGGACCCCCCCCGAUGGGCAGGAGAAGGGGGGGCCGAGACGGGCCCCAACUCGCUGCAGGAAUUGUUGGGCCCUGGAGAGCUCAGCUGAGAACAGAGGGCUCAGUACAUGGAAGGGGGAAUCCCAGCCACGUCCUCCCCACCCAGAGUAACGACCAGGGGUUGAGACCAGGCCGAACUCGCUGCAAGAAUGGGGAACCCCCGCACCGCGCUGUGCUCGGGCCUCCAGGCUGAGACCAGACACGACUCAUGACGCCCCCAGUGGGUCUGGAGUGGGAAAGGACCAAAGAUUGGGGCUCCUCUCCCCCCCGAGAGCCACCCCGGGCGGGGGAUGGGGCCAGAGACGCUGGGUUUUGAGGCUAAUUCCUGAUGUUUGUGAAAAAGUAAAAAACCUGCAGGGG